AUGGUGGAGCUGAGAUCACUUGGUGGGGGAAGUUCAGCACCAUUGUUGACCAGGAACCCAGACACUGUGCACGGCGUGUCAACUAUGACCUCUGUAUCUUUCGGAAACACAAAUUCAGGAUUUCAGGUGGGGAUCAAUCAAGGGUCGAUAUAUGUUUCACACGGUAAGUUACCAACGGCCUGCAAAACAGGUUCGGGCAGAUCUAACCACGGCUUCCCCUUCCUAGAGCGAUCAGAACCCCGCUUCGAGCCACUGUCAACCGUCCCGUUCCAGUGCGACCCAGACUUUGUUCGACGCGAUGCACUCCUCGACCAAAUUCACCAAAAAGCCUCGAUCCCGGGGUCCAGAAUAGUGCUAGUCGGUCUUGGUGGCGUUGGGAAAACACAGCUUGCCAUCGAAUACUGCCACUGGGUGCGACAAAGGUCUCCGGAGACGUGGGCUUUCUGGAUCCAUGCGAGUAACGCGGCCCGCUGCGAGAAAAGUCUCUGGGACCUUGCCGAUCGAGUCGAAAUUCCCGGGCGACAGGACCGCAACGCGAAUAUAUUCCAACUCGUCGGGAAUUGGCUACAUGACAAGAGGAUUGGAAAAUGGAUUCUCGUCCUAGAUAAUGUGGAUGAUGAUAAGCUCCUUCGCAAACCUUCAGCAACCGGCACGGAGAGCCAAGCAAGCGGCCCGAUUAAUGCAUCGACGCCGCCGCCGCUACGGUACCUCCUCGAAAGCUCAAAUGGCUCCAUUAUCAUCACAAGUCGGAGUAAAGGAGUAGCGUUGAAUAUCGCUGGUCCUAAGAAUCUCAUCGAAGUGCAACCAAUGGAAAAGGCUGAAGCGCUGUACCUGCUGCAGAAAAAAGCAGAUAUACCUGCAGAAAGUGAAGAUAUCGUGCCUCUAGUGGAGGCGCUUGAAUUUAUGCCACUCGCAAUCGUACAGGCUGCCGCCUAUAUCACGCACCGUUCACCUCGAUGUUCAGUAUCUCAAUACCUUGAGAAAAUCCAGAAGAGUGAUCGCGAAGCAGUACAGCUGCUCAAUUAUGAGGCAGGCCUUCUUCACCGAGACUGGGAAGCCAAGAACUCUAUUCUGCUCACUUGGCAAAUCUCCUUUGACCAUAUUCAUGAUAUAAGACCGUCUGCGAUAGGCCUUCUUUCUCUCAUGAGCUUUUUCGAUCGUCAAGGAAUCCCUGAGACCAUUCUCCGAGUUCAGCAAAGCCAGGAAACACACAGAAAUAUAUUUCUUAGAAAAAAUGACGAUACUUCUAGUGAAGAGGACGAAGGCAAUUUGUCCGGCUCUGACACUAAUCAGUGUUUUGAAGACGAUAUUAGCACACUUACCGACUAUUCAUUAAUUUCAAUCGGUAAGCAAAGCACAACAUUCAUAAUUCAUCGACUGGUGCAAUUGGCCGUGCGCAUAUGGUUGAAAAUUCAUGGCCAGCUGGAGCAGUGGAAGAAAAUAUUUAUCACUAAUCUAUAUUGCAUGUUUCCAACCGGGCAAUACGUAAACUGGGAAAGGUGUCGAUUGCUCUUUCCACAUGUUCGAUCGGCUCUUUCUAAUCGUCCCGAUUCGCACGAGUCUCUGGAACAAUGGGCAACGCUCCUUUAUAGGGGUGCUUGGUAUGCACGGGAAAAAAGCAGAGAUUGGAUUUUUUUGGCGCAGAAAAUGAAAAAACCCUCCAGAGUACUACGAUGUUAG